AUGACAGUCUCAAAACUCCCCACCGCCAGCGCCCCUGCCCCCGGCGUCCCCUUCUACACACCCGCCCAAGACCCCCCAGCCGGCACCGCCCUCAUGAAUGAUGCCACCCUCGUCCCAACCGUCUUCACCCCCCUCACCAUCCGCGGCCUCACCCUCCAAAACCGCUUCGCCGUCUCCCCCAUGUGCAUGUACUCGGCCUCCAACGGCCACCUGACCGACUUCCACCUUGUCCACCUGGGGCAGUACGCCCUCUACGGCACCCCCCUCACCAUCAUCGAAGCCACCGCCGUGACCCCCAACGGCCGCAUCUCCCCGGAAGACUCGGGCCUCUGGCAAGACUCCCAGAUUGCCCCCAUCAAGCGCGUGACAGAUUUCAUCCACUCCCAGGGACAAAAAGUAGGGAUCCAACUCGCCCACGCCGGGCGCAAAGCGUCUACCUUGGCCCCGUGGCAUUAUCGCACCCUAGGGAAGGAGGUAGCUACCGAAGAACUGGGCGGAUGGCCGGAUAAUCUCUGGGCUCCCAGCCCCAUCCCCUGGGCGGAGGGGUUCCCCACGCCAAAGGAGAUGACGUUGGAGCAAAUCGGGGGGUUUGUUCGGAGCUGGAAGGACGCUGCUAGGCGGGCGGUGGAGGCCGGUGUUGACCUCAUUGAGAUUCAUGGUGCUCACGGAUACCUCCUCACUGAAUUCUUGUCCCCAAUCACAAACCAAAGAACCGACCAGUACGGCGGCCUCCCCUUUGAGAACCGCGUCCGUCUCUUGGUGGAGAUCAUCACCGCCGUCCGCUCCGUCAUCCCAGAAUCCAUGCCCCUCUUCCUUCGCAUCUCAGCGACCGAGUGGAUGUCCCACCUUGGCCAACCCUCCCUCGACCUUGGCGAAUCCAAAAAGAUUGCCUCCCUCGUUGCUGACCUGGGCGUUGAUCUGUUGGAUGUUUCCUCUGGCGGCAACAACCCUGCCCAGAAGAUUGAAGUGCACCCGUACUAUCAAGUUGAUUUGGCGAGCGAGAUUAGGGAGCAUCUCAGGAAAGAGGGCAAGAAGAUGCUCAUCGGAGCGGUGGGCAUGAUUGCCAACGCCGAAAUGGCCAAGGAUGUGGUGGAGAGUGAUGGGACGGUGGAGGUGGAUGGUGAACACGGGACCAAGGCCAAGGCGGAUUUGGUGCUGGUUGCGAGGCAGUAUUUGAGGGAGCCAGAGUUUGUGCUCAAGGUGGCGAGCGAGCUCGGGGUGGGGGUUAGGUUGCCGUUGCAGUAUUCUAGGGCGCCUUUUCCCAAGAAGAAGAAGGUGGAGCAGGGGAAGUUGUGA